AUGGCUUAUCGUCUGUCCUCAGAGCAUGGCAACGCAACCACCUCAAGCGAGACAUCAGUGGGGACGAACACGGCAACCGCAGCGCCAUCAGCGGGUCCCAGCAAGGGCCCGCCUCCAGCCGCCAAGUUCCGUCAUGGUCUGCUGCAGCUUAUGAUUCACACCAUCGAUCCCAUGCAUGACGGUAAAGUAGACGAGAAGGCGACGCAGCUACAUGCAAUAGCGUCGCUAAAGGUGCUGCUUGAAGCCACGCGGCCGACCGCGGGCGGGGCUGGCGCGGCCGCUGCGAGGCACUCGGCAGCAGUCGCGCAGGCCAAGGAGACGCCCCUGGACCUGCCCAACGGCGGGAUCGGGGAUGUCCAGUUAGAUGCUAUAGAAGAGAUAGGAGACCUGGACGAGGACACGACGCCGCUGGACAUGUCGUGGCCGUCAGGGUUCCGCAAGCGAGUGACGUAUCUGUUAGUCGCACCCAUUGUCUUCCCGCUCUGGAUGACCCUCCCAGACACUAGAACUCCUAAAGGGAAAAGGUUUUUCCCCGUAACAUUUAUAGGGUCAAUAGUUUGGAUAGCUUUCUUCUCCUACCUGAUGGUGUGGUGGGCGAACGUGGCGGGGGCGACGGCCCACGUGCCUCCCGAAGUCAUGGGGCUGACGCUCUUGGCUGCCGGGACCUCGGUACCUGACCUCAUCACGUCCGUCAUCGUGGCCAGAAAGGGUUUUGGAGAUAUGGCCGUCUCCAGCUCAGUUGGCAGUAAUAUUUUUGAUGUUACUGUUGGGCUUCCCCUUCCAUGGCUCCUGUACGGCCUGAUCAACGGGGAGCCAGUCCAAGUGAACUCCAAGGGCAUGGUCUGCAGCAUAGUGCUACUGUUCGCCAUGUUGAUCUUCGUCAUCAUCAGCAUCGCCUGCUUCAGGUGGAAGAUGAAUAGGGGCCUAGGGUUCACCAUGUUCCUCCUCUACUUCGUCUUCGUAGGAGUCAGCUUGGGACUCGAAUACGGGUACCUCAACUGUCCGAGCGAAUAGACUGGUCUUUUCGUCUUUUGGUCUUCUCAUUAUUGAAUAAGGGAUUGGACAUUUCAGAUGAGCGUUUGAUCGUGACUAUUCGUUUUGGGAAUGAUAAAGGAAAUACGGAAUGAAAUUUAAGUCGAAUGCAAUAGAAAAGCCGGAAAGUAUUUUAUUGUAGAAUCCUAUAGAGGAUGAGGAAAGCAGAAUUUAAAAUAGUUUAUGGUAAAUAGUGGAGAACGCUAGAUUGCAGAACUGUUUACCUAAAACAAAUAGUCGACAGUCAAAUUGUAGCAAGUUGGUACUUCCAGCAAUAUUGCGACUCGAUUGCAGCGAACUAUGCGACGCAAACCAAGCGGAGGUUUAAUGUAAAUUCAACGUCAAUUUGUAAAACUGCGCGUAUACAUUCUGACGUCAAACUGUCAGAGCACUUGACAUAUUUGACACAACAUGACGUUGAACAUUUAUAGAUUGUUCAUUUAAUUAUUUUAAAUGAAUAAUUAAAUCUAAUGAUCUAUUUUUACAUGUAAAAUUGGACGUAGCUCGCUGCAAUCGAGAUUUAAAUUCUAUAUAAUAUUUUAAACAGUGUAAGUAUUAUAAGACGGUUACAUUAGCGUUGUGAAUUAUUUAGUUUUGUAUUUUAGUUGACUAGUUGCCAUAGCACAAGCAGUAAAGUAUUGCUCAAAGAUAAUCAUUUACUUUGUUAUUGCUUUGAUCAAGUUUCGUUUAGAUGUUUUAAAUGGAGGCUUGUAAUAGAUUGUAUUGAUAAAUGACGAGAGAUUUACUUGCACCAAAUAUUUAUACAUAAGAGAAACUUAAGACAGUAGAACAAUUAACGAAAAUACAAUUCCUAUGAAAUGCAAUAAAGAAAGCUUCAGUGGUUCUGAUCAUAUUAUUAAGAAUUUUGCAUUGUUUAUAAAUUAUAAUGAGAUACAACAUUUUUGUAUCUGAAGUAAAUAUUUAGCCACGAUAGAGACUGUAGUUAUUUAUAUGAAUGUUAGUUGUUUAACUCGAUGGCGCUUUUACGAAGUUUUAAGGCUAAGUUCUUAACCUGUCGUUAAAUGUGUCAGUUGUUUUUGUAAAUAUUGGUCGUUGUGUUGGGUUCUGUUUCGAGUUAGUUUCGUGAGCGCGGUGGCCGCCGCCCGCGCCGGUCCAUGUGGAUGAUUUAUAUUUUAAUGUGUCGUUAUAAUGAAGCGAUUUGAUGUAAGUGUGUGCGCGCACAAACAGCUAGAUGUACAUACACAUAUAGAGGGUGGGAGAGCGGGGCAAAUGUGAAAGUUUUAAAUAAAAUCUCAUUCCAUAAAAUGUGCCUAAGAGUUUUACGAACUCAGUAACAUUUAGCUUCGAUUUUUAUAAAUUAACAGUAAAAAAGAAAAUAAAAUGUUAAAAAUAUCACUUUAUCAUCUGUUAGAAGACUACGCUUACAUUUAGUGUUAUAGAGUAUCUGAGGACGCAUCUGUCCCGCUCUACAAUAUAAUACGGUAGUUAGAGUUUACACUAUCUCUAUAAAGUCUAUCUAUAAUUAUAUGAACCAUACUACUCCUCGUUCCAUCUAUUGACUUUCGGCAGAAAUGAUUGGAUAGUUACGUCUGGCUAGUCAAUUCUUAAUAUUACGGCUAUGUCUUCAAAAAUCUCUUCUUCCUUAAUAUUUAAAGGGCACGGUUCAGUAAAAUUAAAAAAUUGAAAAAAAAACAUCUUGUUAACCGUCCAUAGUUUCUGUUUUAUAUUUACUUUCCGCUUCUGCACGUGAUAUCACUCUAUAAUCUUUGACUCAUGGAAAACUUUAAUAAAAAUGAUCGUAAGUUGAAUUGUUGAUACCCAAAAAGUUUUAUAUUAAUAACCCGCCUAUUUGACAUAGCAAUAAAUAGUCUAGAAUAGAUAGUUAAAUAUUUAUAUUGUUAAGCUUUAACACUUCAGACCUUAGUGUCGCUCAAAUGAUGGAGAAAGCAUUAUUGGACUUCAAUGGAAAUGGCAAGAGGAGUGACAAAAAUGGACUUUCAGCUAAUACAAUUAGAGUUCAUUGUGACUUCUCAUGUCAUGAUCUAUUCUACUUAUAUACGCACAAGUAAACCAACAAUUUUAAAGUUCGCUUUGUACAUCAACAUGUAACGUUUUGUUGUUUAGAUCAUUCUUCAUAUAAAUAACGUUUGUACUAUUUAAAGUUUAAAAAUGAAACACUCAAUUGACGAGAUAUGCAAUGUACUCUUAAGACAGUACUGGAGGGUUAAAACUGUUGUUUUGUGUAUGAAGGAUGGUAAUAUUCGUCUUGUAUAACUAUCAGUUCUUAUAAUAAACCAAUAUUUUCGGAUAUAAAAGGCCAUUAUAUUGCCUUAUCAUCAGCUUAUCAUUAUAGUUUGGACUAAAGCUACUGCUAGACAGAACUGUCAUUGUCAUGUUUGUGAAAUCAUCAAUUCAUUUGGAAAAGUCGCAUUUCAUAUUUUCAUUCAGAAAUCAGAUUGUAGAACAUCAUAAAUGUACAAAGUCAAUUAUUUUCUACAAUCUGAAUUUGAAGCCCUCAAUAAUAAUAAACAAUUUGAUUGGCUACUGUAAUUUGGAUUGACUUAUUGCCAGAAAUAAUAUAAGUAUGCACAGAUCAACUAAGAAAAUGGUGGAUUGUGUUUCGAGAUACCAACUUCAAACCUCCAUUUUUUUAAUUAAUCUAUUCCUCGAAAUUUCUUCUUGUCUUUAACAUUUUUCUAAGUACAAAACUUUUAGCUCUGUUCCAAAAUUUGAGCUACAUAUAACUAACUAUAUUGCGUGUUAUAAGAAACACGAUAUACGAGCAGUACAAAAUACUUAAUUCAAGCAAUCUUUUGCAUCGAGAAACAAAGUGAUUCCUGUUGAUACUUAUUCCGGAGUAAUUCACACAAAUUUUCGUUUGGAACAGGGUGCCUAGUACAAUAUAAAACAGCAAUAUUGCCAUAUAAAAAUAUGAAAAGUAAAAAACAAAAUGAAAUGUUGCUAUAAUGAUGACAUAUCGGUAGCUACCGGACAUCAUGAAGUCAUAAUCUGUGAUAAGAAGCAUGCUUAUGACGUGUAUUAUAUUAAAUAUUUAUAUAGACAUCAUCUCUCUUCGAGUUUUCAUAUAGUAUUAUGUAUAUACAUAUAAGCUUGGAUUUGAUAGCCUUCUGUAGUUCGCUUAGCGACGCCACUACUGGACAGUUACUGUGAAAUCGAAAUUCGAUUUUUUUACUUAAGAUAUUGGAAUUAUACUAAAAGAUAGAAAUGAUUGAGAGUGUAGUAACAGAAAUGUACUGGUGUGUCAAAAAUAAUUCGUCCAAUGAAAGCAAGUACAUACAUAUCUAUGCUGGUACAACUACAGCAUUGAAUCAUCGUUGUAUCUUCUUUGAUGAAUUACUAACACAGAUCUGAAAAUCAUUUCAAAGCACACUGCUUUCAAUUUACACAUUAAAUCAUGGCAUAUUUGGACAAAUUAAAAUGUCACCUGUUCGAUAAAAUAAUUAUCAUUUUAUAUUCUUAACCCACACUUCUAUUAAAAUAACAAAAUU